AUGCUGCGCCUGGGGAAGCUCCUGAGAGCCUUACGUGUGGUGAAGAUGUCGCAGGUUCUGGAGUCAUUGCAGCUACUGCUCAAAUGCAUCGCCGCUAGCGUCCGGAUUCUCUUCUGGUCCUUGGUCCUGCUGAUGAUUAUUCAGUGCAGUGCAGGGAUGACUAUCUCGUACAUGGUCAGUGAUUUCAUGGUAGACCCUGCUGUGGACGAGGACAAGAAGUUUGCGGUUUUUCGGUAUUAUGGAACGUUUUCCAAGACACUGCUGACUAUGUUUGAAGUGUUGUUUGCCAAUUGGGCACCUGCAUGUCGAGUGCUCAUGGACAAUGUCAGCGAGUGGUAUUCCACAGUUUUCAUCAUUUACCGGAACGUUGUCAAUGCGGUCUUCGUGCAGAGUACCAUGAAGGUAGCCCAGGCAGACGAUGAGUUUUUGGCGGCAGAGAAGCAAAGACAACAGGAUGCAUACCGCAAGAGAUUGACGAACCUUUUCAAGCAAGUGGAUUCUUCUGGCGAUGGCAAGAUCGACAUCGAAGAGUUUGGCUUCCUAUUGGAGAAUCCCAAGCUUCAAGUCUGGAUGGGACAGCUUGAAAUCGAGACAACCGAUCUAGUUGGCCUCUUCCAGAUGCUCGACGAUGGUGAUGGUGAGAUUUCACUUGAAGAGUUUGAGGCGGGCAUCAUGCGCAUGAAAGGAUAUGCCCGCAGCUUUGAUCUGAACAAGAUUGAGCGUGAGAUGCAGAAGAUGCAGACAAAGGUGGAGCAAGUGAAGCGCGACAACCAGUACUACAAGGCCGUGAAUCGCGAGCUGAAGAAAAGGCUGCGGUCGCUGCUCGAGCAGCGCUGGGAGGGAAAUGCGCCGAGUCGAACACCGCGCUUCAUGCCAACCAAUGAGGACAGAGCACAGUCCAAGUUCUUGGCUUGCCGUGUAUGUGAGGAAAGAGUAACGUCGUUGCUGGCAAUCUUCCGCAGUGAAAUCGAGAAAGCUUAUUCCGUGGACGAGGAUUGGGCAGAAAAACUGUCUGAAGGAAUGGGAAGUGCCAGGCAGCUAUCUAGGGCACUACUGCUCGGGCAGCGGUUGGACAUCGACCUCCACGAUGAUGGUUCGGCAUCCCUAAAGAAGGCCGUCGUCACCCAAGAGCUAUUCUACCCGGAGAUACUGCACAGCGAGAAGUUCCACUACAAGUCCUAUAUGGUACAGAAUGCUUGCCAGAAAGCUUUCGAUGAUAUGGACUUUAUUGCAGAUGCCGUGGCUCGCGCGCGGCGCAGUGGUGCCUCGGAUGCGCAACUGCUCAUGAUGCUGAACAGAGCUGGAAGAGCGGCCUGUUCACAGACACGGGUGCCUUGA